AAUGAGUGCGUCUUUAUGAGGCAGGGCCUCGAAAUCGUCGUCUUCUAACAAAACGGCUGAGAUAACAGUACAGUAGACGACGCAGCAGUUAUUAGAACAGUUAAUUCAAAUAUGUUAUAGAUUUGACAAGAAUAGUGGAAUAGGCUAACAGUGGAACUGUUCGCCAGGCAAUGGAAACUAAGUUACACCGAAAAGAAAAGGACUCCGGAUUUGAGAAUUGACCGAAAGCAGCCAUUAAAAUCUGUAAAUAUGAAUCCCUUUGAUCAGGACUCCUCAAUGGCUGGGAUUGUCUCUCUCGCCGCUUCUGCCUCAAGUUAAACGGCUGGGGAAAUGAGUGCAGUCGGGCUCCCUGGAGAAGGGCUUUCCCAAGGGCCUUGAUAUGAAAUAUCAGGAAAAACACUGCUGGCUCUGCCUGCUCAGCCUGAGCCUUCUUCUGUUGUUUUGGCUUGGACAUUUGAUACGGGACCUUCUAUCGCCUGCCGGGCAAAGCAACGGGCUCAGGGGCUACAUGAGGAUCACCCCCGGCAAGAUGGACCAGGUCCUGCACAUGCACUGCAGCCAGUGUGCCUUGGUCUCCAGCUCAGGUCAGAUGCUCGGAGCUGGUCUUGGAGAAGAGAUAGAUAAAGUCGGAUGUGUGAUCCGGAUGAACAAUGCUCCCACACAGGGGUAUGAGAAAGAUGUCGGAAACCGCACCAGUAUUCGGGUUGUGUCUCACACCAGCGUUCCCCUGUUGGUAAAAAAUGAGAGCUAUUAUUUCAAUCAAUCAGCAGGAACCAUAUAUGUGUUCUGGGGUCCUGAGAGGAAUAUGCGGCAAGACGGGCAUGGACAUACCUUCAAUACUCUUCUGAAAAUAGCAAAAAAGUAUGCAAACGUCAAAAUCUACACUGUGACCAGAGAGAAGAUUCAGUACUGUGAUGGUGUGUUUCAGAAUGAAACUGGAAAAAACAGAAUGAAGACGGGGGCGUUUCUCAGUACUGGAUUCUUCACAAUGAUUCUGGCUAUAGAUAUGUGUGACAGCAUCCAUGUCUAUGGAAUGAUUGAUUAUAACUACUGCAGUCGAGCCAAUCACAGUGUUGUUCCUUACCAUUACUACGAGAGGAACCGACUCAAUGAGUGCAGGAUGUACCAUGUCCAUGAGCACACACAACGUGGGGGUCAUCGCUUCAUCACUGAGAAGGCCAUCUACGCCAAAUGGGCAACACGGCACAAGAUGGAGUUUAAACACCCCUCUUGGAGCCUCUGAGGAAGAGGAUAUUAAAACCCAGAAGUUGUUGUGAUGUUCCUUGACCCUACAGUGGUAUUCACUUUUAUUGGCUUUUGGUCUUCUUUGCUGAAGAUUUUAGCGAAGUUUAAUCAGAGACUUUAUCAAGUACAUGGCAUUGUUACUCCUGGAUCGUAGCUUUCAUUUGACUUUUUUUACCAUCUCAACAGUUUUUUUAAGUAGAAAAAAGUUACAUUUGAUACAAGCCAAUAGUGGAUAAAAUAAUCUGUAAAAAAAAUAAAAAUAAAAUUAAAAUUAUGUUUUAGAUGUACCAGAUGUAUCAGCAUUCAACUGGUAACAGGUGGUAAAUUACCACUUUCAGUAUUAUUGAAUACUUACCGUCAUGUAUAGCCAUAUAUCAGUAUAGAUACUGAUUCAAAAAUAUUAAGCAACUAAACAAAGCACUAAAACCAGUUUAAACCAAAGCUUCUUUAUACCUGUGCCUUGACUUUCUGUUUGAUUCUGCACAAUGUUUUAUUUUACGCUGCAAUCAGGCGUGC